AUGAAAGCAGCAGCCGGGAUCUCCGAUGACCAUGUAUGCCAUGUCCUCGGUAGGAGGAAAUUUGUGCCGGACGACAACAGCUGGCAGAUCUAUGACAUUAGCGGUGGUCUUCUGCAAGGCAUAAUGAAGACUACGCAUUUCUUCCAUCUUUCCCGACGAUUCCCAGCAGCCAACCGGGCGGAAUCAUAUCCAUCUAAGUACAGAGAGAAUGCACAGAUUGGACGCACGUUAUGCGGUCAAAAUGCCUUUGACCGGAGGAACCUUGCAACCAUUGACACUUUGGCGGAGUGGUUAACGCGCGGGCCUGCUAAGCCCGUUUCCUCGGAAGCGCAGGUGUGGGGUGUCACUGCGAUAGCGCAUGUUGUGGUGGCGAACUUACAUAAUGACACUUUGGCGGAGUGGUUAACGCGCGGGCCUGCUAAGCCCGUUUCCUCGGAAGCGCAGGUUCGAAUCCUGCAGGUGUCGAAACACUUCUUUUUUGUUCACUCUGUGACCAUUCCCUAG